AUAUCAUGCGAACAUAGGUCGUAAGAUAGCGCCACGGACAUUACGAGACGCAAAGCCGGCGCGAGUUAACGGGAGGAAGUGGUCGUAGAUUCGUUCAUUUGCGAUUGGCGUGUUAAUCUGAUACCAUGGUAGUCAGCAUGGAUACGAUGUUUGUAUCUGCCCUCGUUUAUGACCACUUGAUGAAGACGGACGUAUCGCUGGCAAACGUUUUCCAGAAGAAGACAAAAGCGCCUGCUCUAUCGAAAGGAUGUCCAUCGAUCGAAGAAAUAUUUAAGUUUUUUCAAAAGAAUUCUCCUCAAAAAAUUACGGUGGUUGCACAGAACAAGAAAAGCAGUUCAGAUUCGAGCUCAGAAAGUGAAGAGGAAGGAGCAAAAAAUGUUGCACAAGUCAAUGGUAAAGGAUCUGUAAUUGAAACAGUACCCCUUAAAAAGGUAGCAGAAUCUUCAGAAGAUUCUUCCAGUGAGGAUGAAGUGCAAAGCCAAGUAACAAAGAAAGCAAAUACAGAUGUUAAAGUUGCUUCUGUACAAAAAAAAGAGAGUUCUGAUGAAAGUUCUGAUGAUGAAGAGUCAUCAAAAGUUCAAACAAAAGCUACAAAAGCAAAAACAAAAAAUACAGAAAAAUCUGAUUCUGUUCAUAAAACAGCAAUGGCAGUUUUAAAAGCAGUUCAACCAUCUAAUUCAUCUUCUAGUGAAUCAUCUUCUGAUGAUUCAUCUGGUGAUUCUAAUAAUCAAAUAACAAAUCUAAAACAAACUGCUAAACAACCAGUAAACACAUCUACACCAAAAACAAUUCCAAAAGGAUUAUCACAAAAACAAAAUAAACCAGCGCCAAGAAAACCAGAAUCAUCGUCGAGCGAAGAUAGCAGUGAUGAAGAAGAAUCUACACCGAAAAAACCAACAGUUGGUAAAUCAACAAUACCGGUAAAACAAACUGUCAAAGAAGAAUCCUCGAGCGAUGAUAGUAGCGAGGAAGAGCAAUCUGUUAAAAAACCAGCUAUUACUACCAAAAAAUCAACUUCGAUAGUUGCCACUAAGAAGAAAGAAUCUUCCUCGAGCGAAGAAGAAAGCAGUGAGGAUGAAUCUAAACCAGUUGUAUCAAAAGCUACUGUGAUUCCAAAAGCACAAAAUCAGAGUAAACCAACAACAGCAAAAAUUAAAAAGUCAGAAUCGUCGAGUGAAGACAGCAGUGAUGACGAGGAACCUGCAUGUAAAAAACCAACUCUCAGUAAAUCAUCAGUACCAAUAAAGGUAAUUAACAAAAAAGAGUCGUCAUCUAGUGAAGAUAGUAGCGAAGAAGAGCAACCUGUUAAAAAACCAAAUGUAGCGGCUGCUACUAAGAAACCAACACCCGCAGUCGUCGCUAAGAAACAAAAAUCUUCCUCAAGCGAGGAGAGUAGUGAAGAUGAAACUCCAGUCAAAAAAUCAGUUCCCACUAAACAAAAUGUUGCUAACAAAGUUGUUUCUAAAAAGAAGGAAGAUUCAUCGAGUUCUGAUGAAGAUUCGGAUGAAGAAUCUGAUGAAAAGGAAAAGCCAGCGACAAAGGCGAUAACAAAACCGGUAAUUAGCAAAACGUUGAAGAAGCAAGAAUCUUCUAGUGAAGAUUCCGAUGAUUCAGAAAAUGAAACGCCAACUACUGCAUCGGCAAAAAUGCCCGUAAAAACAACUACUAAGAAAGAAUCUUCGAACGAGUCAGAUUCAGACUCUAGUGAUUCAAAGGAAAAGACAAAUGUUCAGAUGCCAGUUAAAGGACAAAAAAGGAAACAUGUGGACGAUGAUAAUGAACAAAGAACACCAGCAAAAAUUGGAAAAAAUAAUUACGGCAACUUUGUGAAAGCUGAUAAUAGUUUCAACGGAGAUAACAAGCCAAACAAAAUUCGUACAUUUCAACGUGUGAAAAGCGACGACAUCGUAUUGGAUCCUAAAUUGGCUAACAAUUCCUUCGAAGCAAAGAAAGGUGCUCGAGGAUCAUGGGGAGAACGUGCUAAUGAGGUAUUGAAAUUUACAAAAGGCAAGAAGUUCCGGCACGAAAAACAGAAGAAAAAACGUGGUUCGUACCGUGGCGGAUACAUAGAUACACAUGUUAAUUCCAUUAAAUUCGAGGAUUAAAUAAUUAUAUAUAUAUAUAUAAACACUUAAUAAUGCUUUAUCACAAUUAUAUUUAGAUCGGUGAAAUAAUUAAGUUAUAUAAAUACUGACUUGUACUGCAAAAGUGUGUAUUAAAAUAUAUAACACCGUUGUCCAGAAUUUUAAACAAAUGAAAUGUUAUAACAUUUCGGUUCGAUGCUGACACAAAAUAUGAGCCUUACAUGUACAUUGCGUUUCAUUAAUCGAAUUUUUUUUGAGUGCAAAAGGAUGUAGAUAGCCAAAUAUGUAUCUCUCUCGCUUGCCCGAAAAAAUAUACAAUAGGAGCAAAGAAAUGGCGCGAACUUCUCGAAAAGGACUAUUAAUGAAAACACAGUAUACAGGAUAUAAUUAGAACAGUAUAGAAUUUAAAAAUAUUUAACAUAAAUUAACACAGCAAAAACAUGUUAAGUAUUUAUGUUGUGGAAGUCUGCAUAUAAAUAAUUAUGUAUGCUAUAA